AUGUUGGCUUUGAAGUCCGCUUUGAAUAAUGGACGUGGCCCGUUUUGUUCUCUCAGCAUGACAAAAGCCCUCGCACAACUGACUCUUGCUGAUCUUAAAAGUUUUGUCCUCGAAGAGGUGGCAUUACAAUUGAUGACAGAGCGUGACCCUGCAAUCAAUAAACAUGCCUUUUCUAUCCAAGAUGCGCUUACACUGAAGGACGCCAAUUGCUGGAAAGAGAAGUUUGGCGAAGAACUUGGAUGUGGCACGUUGUACGAGACGGAUGACGUGGUGUGCUCCUGGUUUUUUGUGCCCCCCGGUGCCAUGCUGCCGUUGCAUGAUCACUGCACAAUGGUCGUGUGGCAGCGACUCCUAUUUGGACGCCUUCACAUCAAUUCUUUUGAUUGGGUACCGGGUUUUGAACCGGUGGACACGCAGCUUGGUAAUCGCAAAGGUGGGGAGGCCGUCGUUGUUUUCUCGGGCAUUGUCGAGGCACGCUCUAAUGGCAGUGACCUCACUUCACUUGUCACAUCGUUUGGACCGCAUAAAGGUGGAGUAAUGCACGAGAUUGUGAAUGCCAGUACCGAUCCCGCUUUAUUCAUUAAUGUCACAACUCCACCCUACAACAAGCCUCCAAACUACAUCGAUUGCAUGUACUACUCCUUUUCGCGCCUCAAUGGCGACCGAGCGACGUCGAUUGGUUCGCAAACCCGUGCAGUUCCGUCGGAGAUGCUCGAUGUGGGUGAACAUGUUUUUCUUACCCCCGGCGAACAGACCGGCCGAAUGCCGAUGAAAUCUUUUGUACCUUUAGAGCCGCUAUUGUGA